ACAGGAAGCCUCGUGACUUCUGUGUACUCUCAUAUUGUACAAUCUGAGCUGCCCUUUGGUCACAAGGGAGGAGAGGAACCAUGAGGUACUGCCACUUUCCAUUGGAAUCAGUGCCUGUCAUGGCUAGUGCUUUGGCACUCUUGCUCGCUACAAUGCCACCGACAGCACAAGCCGAAAUACAAGGCUGCAUACAAGCGCUGGCGAGACUAAACACUGCUCCGUACAACGCGUCUUUACCCUUUCUAAAUGGCGUUUCGGGUCACGUCAAUGUAGCAUAUCUCUACCAAAAACCAAUGUUUGCUGUCAUGCCAAAUGAAGCCAUGGGUAAUUUCGACCUUUGCCGACAUUCUGAGCUCUACACUUCCGGCUUGGUGAAAACCCACUACUGCGCUCUGUCUCACGAUAAGGCAGGUAUCUGCGUCCCCACCGAGUGUCGAGCGGAAGAUUUGCAUAACAAAGCAAUUCUGCAACCGGUGAUGAAUCUGGGUAUACAUGCGAGUACUGUCAUCCCCGAAGAAUGCGCCAUGAACUUACACCUGACGCAAGGGUGUGCUUAUUCUCGACAAGCAUUAGAGUAUUUCCACAGUCUCUACAAUUUGCUUGUGCUUCUUGGUAACGAUACUCCGCAAUCCACUGGCUCCGUCACUUGCACCACCCGCGCCCACACAGCGGAAGCAUCGGCAUACACAAUGCUUGGUUUCACUCUUCUUUUCGCGACAUUGGCCCUUCUCGGCGCGGCCUGGCAAUAUUUUCAUGCCGUCGCCCACCAUGGAGACAAGCGGGCACUAAUCUCCUCCUCUUCGGCUGUGCCUUCCUCCAAACCGUCCUCGUCAACUAAAUCCGAUAUAAAGCCAUCUGACGCCUCAUCAUUGCCAUCUCCCGGGUCUAAAGUCGUGGCGUUGACAGUCAAGGCAAGCCCGGGCCGCGAAGCAUCUGACUUACAAGAUAUCCCCUUAGAGGAAGUGAACGAGCAGCCGGAGGGUACGCCGCGGUCGCGAAAGAAUAACAACAAGAAGAAAGGCGUACUAAAGAGCAACAGCAGCAAUAGCAACAAACCCGCUGUCCUUGAUUCUGCCGCUGCUACCACAGCUAUGGUUGCGACUUCGACAAAACAACCAGAUAUGGUGGAAUUGAUGGCACAGGUAUUGAAGGUGCCUCCUUGCCCUAAGCCUAUUUCUGCAUUUUCUUUCGUGGACAAUUUGAAUGAAAUUUUCACUUUAAAGGCUCGAGGAGGGGAGUUUGCGAUUUUCGACGGCAUGAAAGCCAUUUCCGCGGCUUGGGUGGUUUUCUACCACGUGUUGCUGUGGCAAAUUUAUUUGGUGCAAAACCCAGAAUAUUUGGUGCCUCCAAAGGGGCUUUUGUCAAAGCUCUGGGCCGCGCCCUUUUUCAACUACUCGGGAACUUUAAGCGUCGACACAUUCUUCUUCAUCUCGGGCUUCCUGGCGUCAUACAUGCUAUUGGUAAAGCUCGACAAGGAGCACGCUAAAGGGCUGAGCAAACCUGCCUACAAAUGGAUUCCCUCCCUGUACCUUCAUCGAUGGUUGCGGAUUACACCGGCCUACAUGUUUGCUUUCUUUCUUCACUGGAAGAUCGCACCGCUUCUGGCUUACGGUACGUACUCCGCCUCACGUAGAAACCAAUAGGUCCUCUGGCCGCGACCGUGUGGGAAAACAAUAUCCGCCCUUGCAGGGGAGUCUGGUGGUCGCAUUUUCUGUACCUGAACGACAUUUACCCCUGGUGGAACCAGCGACUCGGAGAGGUUUGCUACGGGCACUCCUGGUACUUAGCCAAUGACAUGCAAUACUACCUCCUCGUUCCUUUCUUUUGCCUCUUAUACCGUUCCCCCCGAAUUAAUGGGAAAAAACUGGCCACGUACGCGGUAUGGGCAUGCUUGCUCACCUGCAUCAUUGUCUCGUGGACGCUCACUAUCAAGGACAAUUGGAGCCCCAACUCCUGGGACGGCGUGGACGGAGAUCACUACCGGGAGGAAGGCUUUUCCCGCCCAUGGACACGGUGCUCGUCCUACAUGAUUGGGGUCCUUUUUUCCUACAUGUGGUACGAGAAGAAGCAGGGGAAUCCGGACGGAAAAUUCCACACGUUCCAGGCCAACUUUUUGUGGGUGAGCGGCCUCGUGCUCCUUGCCGUAUCCAUGUACGGACCUCAUAGCGGUUCGGCUGGCGUCAUUCCCUGUGCCAUUGCCGCCCCGGGCACCCCAUGUGGGAGCAAUUGGAGCCCGUCGACCAGGGCAGCGAUUAUCGCAUUGCUACGUCCGACUUGGACUCUGGGGUUGGGUUGUUUGUCGGUGUUAUGCUGGAACAACCAAGGAGGUUUUAUUCAGAAAUUUUUGGCGGCUCCACUCUGGUUCCCCUUGAGUACCCUCAGCUUCUGUAUCUACCUGGUCCAUUAUACGGUGCUCACAUAUUACAUCAGCCAGCGGACCAUGCGAAUCCGUUUCGAGUUGUUUGGCUUUUUGAACGCAUACUUUGGUUUGAUGGCAAUCUCGUGUGGCCUGGCCCUUUUUGUUGUCCUGUUGGUGGAGAAGCCCUUCAUGAAGCUGCAGAAGUAUUUCUUGGAGAAGCCGGCGCCUGCCCGUAACAAUAACGGGGGUGGACCUGCCACAUCAGGACAGAAGGAAAAAGAAUGGACUCCGGCACACGAUGCAUCUCUUGACUCUCUCAAAGAGGCUGUUACACCUACUGGAACAGUUUUACAUUGUACUUGUGAUGAUCAUUAAUCAAAAUAUUGCCCUACAUCUCAGUGUUAUACCACGAAGUUGACACAUUUCAGGCGAGAGUCUUGACGUACCAUAAAGAAUCAGGUCAGCCGCCGGACCUCAUUAAAAAAAGAAAUUAAGGACGGAAAAAUACAAUAGAA